GUCGGAGAUGUCAUUUCACGUCACGCUAUGCCCGCACGCGGUGCGACUACAUUAAAAACCGGAGCGGCGAAAUAAAAAACGUUGAAUAUCUUUCCUAUACUAAAACCCUAAUCCUGUCGAGUGUCGAGCAGCGUGGCAGGUGGGUCCCACCCUAACAGAGGUUGAAAAACGCUCGUAUAAAUAGUUAAGCACACAGGGGCAGAGUUUUAACCUCAGAGGCAGAGCCCUUCUUUACCCUCAUCACCUCAUAUAGCCCAGAAAGUGAGGAAGCUGAAAACCCUCCCACUUCGAGCUCUGCUCCCUCUGCCCCCCAUUCGUCCCAAUUUUCCCUCUUUUUCCUGAGAAGCAAUCAGGGGUUUCAGCUGCAGCUUCGGUUGUCCGGUUUCUCGAGAAAUGGUGGCUGACAGGGGCAAGAAAUCCAAGGUUGAGGAAGAGGAUUCUGAUCACGUUGAUGGGGACCUCGUUCUCUCCAUUGAGAAGCUGCAGGAGGUUCAGGAUGAGCUCGAAAAGGUUAAUGAGGAAGCGAGUGACAAAGUGUUGGAAGUUGAACAGAAGUAUAAUGAGAUACGCAGGCCUGUCUACAAUAGGCGGAAUGAGAUUAUCAAGUCUAUUCCAGACUUUUGGUUAACUGCUUUCCUGAGUCAUCCUGCACUUUGUGAUCUUCUGAGCGAGGAAGACCAGAAGAUUUUUAAGUAUUUAGAUUCUCUUGAUGUGGAGGAUUUUAAGGACGUGAAGUCAGGAUAUUCCAUCACAUUUAACUUCAAGCAGAAUCCGUAUUUCGAAGAUACCAAGUUGACAAAAACUUUUACCUUCUUUGACGAAGAAGGGGCAACCAAAAUAACUGGUACAAGCAUUAAGUGGAAGGAUGGCAUGGGCACCGCUAAUGGAGUUAGUCAUGAGAAGAAAGGAAACAAACGGCCAAUUGCUGAAGAGAGCUUUUUUAGUUGGUUCAGCGAAACUCAACAGAAAGAGGUUAUAGAUGGGCUUCAAGAUGAAGUGGCAGAAAUAAUUAAGGAGGAUUUGUGGCCCAAUCCUCUCAAAUAUUUCAACAAUGAGGCUGAUGAAGAGGACUCUGAUGGAGAUGAGGAGGAUGACGAGGGGAAGGGCCAUGAUGACAUGGAAGAUGAAGAAGAAGAAGAAGAAGAAGAAGAAGAGGAAGAAGGUAACGAGGAUGACAACUGAACUCCUACCAGCCAGCUUUUGCUCUUCUUGCUUUCAUGGUUCUGGCCUUGUGCAAUUUGAAGCAAGAACAUAAGUUAUUGCAGAUGUUUCUGGUUGCAAGACAAACAAAUGACUGUCUUUAAUGAGUAGCUCUUUUGUAGGUAACAGGCUGCUGCCAUGGUUAUUUAGUCAUCCUUUUGAGCUUUGUUUGUUCUAGGUCCUUUUCUCCUUUCUCCAUGCAUCUGUUGAUGCAGCCCUUUUUCCUUUAAUUUUCUUUGGUUCAUAGAGGGAGUUCACAAUGAUGCGAAGCCAUUGGUGCUUUAUGCAUUACUGAGCUUCUUUACAUACUGUCCAUAUGUUCAAUUUCUAUGAAGCUUUUAAUUUUGGUUUUACGCUUGAA